AUGGCGAACGCUGUUGCAUCAUGGGCUGUCAUUCCCAUCGAGGGCAUCUUAAUGGGUCUUUCACUACUUCUGGCCUCAGGGCGUCUUGUUCCACGAUUCGCGCAGCGACACUAUCCCACUGUCAGUGAUAGCCUCCUCAUAGUAUCCAUCCUCGAUGUCAUCGGACUCUUCAUCACCGAUACGAUGACAUACAAAUUGGGUGGCAUGUCAGAAGAGGAAAUGGAGGCGUCGGUGUCCCAAGUUAUCGCACUCAAGAAAGUGCAAUUCGCGGGAAAUGCCUUCUACGACACUGGAAUAUACUGGCCAAAGCUAGCAAUUCUGGCUCUGUACUUCAGACUCAUUCCAAAGACGAUGCCAACACUGCGAAAGGUGCUUUACGUGGUGUCAACUUUCACCCUAUGCGCCAUGGUGACAACGUUUUUCCUGGAUACUUUCUGGUGCGUCGUUCUUUCAAUGGCCGAAAUGGCCGUCGCUAUCAUGGUAGUGUCGCUGCCGUCCAUGAGGUCCUUCUUGCGCCGCGACGGGAUCUUCUCUUCCAACAAAAAAUCACACUCUUCAUCCUCUAAUGGCGCAUACGGGCAAAGAACGCCCGGUACAGGAUCACAGGGCUUCAUUCGCCCUACCCGAAGAGUCAAGCACAGCGUUCACGUGCAUACCGAGGAGGAUUCGGGAAGCGAAGUGGAGCUCAACACAAUGGCCAGAAAGGAUGUGAUUUACGAGACGCGCCGAGUUAGCGUGCAAUUUUCGAGGUCGCAAGAUGAGGAGAGCGGAAUCUAUGGAAAAUUACCGUGA